AUGGAAAGAUUGAUUAAUACCAAGAACGCAGAAAAGCGAAUAGAAAAAAUAAAAAGAGCAAUACAAGCAGGAAUACCUGUUCUAUUGAAUGGUCCAACAGGAACAGGCAAAACAUUCUCUGCUCGUCAGGUCGCUCCGGAUUCAAAGUUUUUCAGCUGCAGCUCCGAAACGACAGUCGAUCAAUUGCUUGGUAAAACAAUCAUGGACCCUAAUUCAGAAAAUGGUUUACUCAAAUUUAAGCCAGGAAUGUAUACAGAAGCUUAUGAAAACGGACAGACAUUAAUUAUAGAUGAAAUUAACUUAGCACCUAUCGAAAUCUUACAAUGCGUUGAAGCAUCAUUAGAUUCUCGAUUCUUAAUUAUCGAAGAUACACAAAAUGGCAAUAGAAAGAUACCAAUGCAUCCUAACUUUAAACUUAUAGCCACACAGAACCCACCUACCGAAGGAUACGUGAGAAAUCGUAACAGAUUAUCCGAAAAAUUCACUUCGAAAUUCCAACAAGUGAAUUUUGAGACAUUUGAGAUUGAGGAACUGACGGAAAUUGCAUUAAAACUUAGUGAAGAUCGUAAAAUCGAGAGGCAAUUGAUACAGCAACUCAUCAAUUUCCACUCAAAUUGCAUAACACGAUUCCAGCCAAAGCAUACCUACAGACAAUUCACCAUAAGAGAUAUAAAGUCAACGAUAUUCUCAACCACGUCUACAGUUUCCCUCUCACUCUCAACUUUGAUAAAUUACUCCGCCGGAUUUCCGAAAACCGAACGCGAAUCCAUGAUUGGGAUGAUGGCAAAGAUCGGGCUACCCAUCACAAACUUACGAUUACCACCUCCAAAUGUCAAUAUUAGCCAUUGCAUAUGGAAUGACGUUUUAUCUAAUGUUCUCUCGAUCGCGAAGUUCCUUUUGAUAGAACAAAGACGACCACUAUUACUUAUUGGCUCACCAGGCUGUGGUAAAACUACAAUAGCCAGAUGGAUAUCCCAAUAUCUCCAUGAAAGCCAAUCCCAGCCACGAACAAUCAUAUGCACACCAGAAACUACGAACGCCGACUUAAUUGGCCGCUACACAACCCAGUCCUUCAAAGGCGAAGAAGUUGGCGAAAUCCCAAUUAAAUGGAUUGACGGUCCCGUAGUGCAAGCAGUCCAAAACGGCAAUGUUCUUCUCUUAGAUAACAUUCACAACGCCACAUCACAGGUCAUCGAGCGUUUGAAUGCCCUUCUCGACCACGCCGCCGAAUUAAAUCAAAUUUUCCAAGUAAACGAGAAACCAGAUUCUCAAAACAUAGCAGUCAAUCCAAAGUUCCGAAUCAUUGCUACAGCCUCAGAAGAAUCCCUUAAAAAGAUGUCUCCAGCUCUCAUCAACAGAUUUGCCUUACUUUACAUCGACAACCAAGCACCACAACGUACUGAACAGCUUGAAAAGAGUCUCCUUAACUAUAUUAAUGAUGAAGGCAGAGCUCAUGGCUUGUUAAAUCCUAUGGUCAACACGAUAUCUAAUACUAAAAUUUAUCUUGGUACGAAAUCACUAGAAGAAAUAGUGAAUUGUAUCAAUGGUUUCAUCAGAUUCAAACAAAGAUAUCCGAAUAUCAGUGAUAACCAAGUAUAUAACUUUAUGAAGAACGUUUUCCUCGAACACAGACUUGAAAUGGACCAAGGAAUGGCCGAUCUCGUCAUUGAGAAACUCCCACAGACAACACAGACAUUCCACUUUAAACAAUCAAAUGAUCUAAAAAGAUUAAUGGCACUUUUGUACACAUUCUUCAUCAUUCGAAAACAUGUUGUCAUGCAGUCAUCAACAGGUUUCGGUAAGACAUCAGCAGCAGAAGCACUCGGAACAAUCAUGAAGAAGACAUUUAAUAAAGUGUCAUUUAACGGUGAAACACAAAUCGGUGAAUUGUUCGGAAACGUGACAAUCAAUGAUGGACAAUUCGGCAUCAAACGUGGUCCAUUGACAUCAUCUAUUGAAAAUGGCGAAAUAUUCAUAGCUGAUGAAUUGAACCUUGCCGAAGUAUCUGUCCUUCAAAGUCUCAUGAUUGCACUUGAAAGCACAGGUGGCGAAGAAAUCGAACUUCCAAAUAUAGAUGAAACAGUCACGGUUUCAAAGGAAUAUUUCUUUAUCGGCUGUCAAAACGAUAUCACUAUGUUUGGUCGUAAGAAGUUACCAGAAGAAAUCAGUCGCAAAGUCAUCAUGAUUGAAUAUCCUGUUUUAAAGAAAGAUGAUAUCAAAUUCAUUCUCUCAGACAUCAUCACGGAAUCUCCUGCAGAUUCAGCAAGAUUAUCAGUACUGACAAAUAGUGUCACAAAUCUCAUGGAUAAUCUUAGAACUACUGAAGAAUUCAAGUCUAAACCAUGGAGUUUCAGAGAAGCACGUAGAUUCUUCAGACGUGUCAGUUAUUCCCUUGAUAAUCCAAAGAUGUUCGUCAACUUCAAACCUUAUCAUCAUGCAGCAUUCAUGAUCAUGUCUGUACAUGAUAAUGGUGAUCAAAUGGCUGAUAAAAUAGCAGAAAUCGUUGGUUCAUCAUUCAAUAUUAAUGAAGAAGACCAGAAACAAUUAUUACUUGAUAUCACAGAGAAUGUUGUUCCUAAUGAAGUUUCAGAUACAGUCAUCAAACUCACGAAAGGAAAACUUGAAUUAACAGUUGACAGACCAUCAAGAAUCAUCAGAAGUGAAUUAUAUCAAUUCUGGAACACAUUCUUCAACAUAAAGAUCUUACAUCCGCAAGAACCAAUUUUAUUAGUCGGUCCAAGCGGAUACAAAGAAUUCAUUGCAAGAAAUGUCGCACAGUUAUCAAAUGUUGUUUGCUUGAAUAGAGAUUCAACAACAUCAUCAUUGAUUGGAACAAUUUCUCUUAUCGAUCAUAACUCAUUGAUCUCAAGUUUGUUCGAAAUCCUCGCUUCAAUGGCUAAAGAUAUUGAUCUCCACAACCAAAUUAACGCAAUAAAGAAUACAUUUAUAAAGGGAGGACAAAUCGUUCAACAACUUAAAUCCAUAAGUAAGUUAUUGAUUGAAAGAGAAGAAGCAUUGUCACAUGUAAUUAAAAACAUUGUUGAUAACAUUCUCAAAGCUUCAGCCAAACAAGAUAACAUCAGUUCAUUCUUGGCUGAUUACACAACAACAUUCAAACCAGGUUUGAUUACAAAAGCGAUUUUGACAAAGAGAACUUUGAUUCUCAAGAAUUUCGCACAUCCAGCUGUUUCCGUCAUGGAAAGAUUGAAUGAAAUCUUUUCGAUUAUCCCAGAAUUGACAUUAAACGAAGAUUACACGAACACAUUAGUUCCUCCUGAGAACAACAAGAUCAUGAUCAAAUCAGCUGAUUUCAGAGUAAUCGCAACAUGUUCUAAAGAUGAAAAACAAAAACUGUCUGAAGCUAUGUUAUCAAGAAUGACAGUUGUUAAAACAUACGCAUACGAACAAGAUCAAUACAAAUACAUCUUCAGACAGAACAGCGAAAUUACUAAAAUCGAUGGUUCAUUCACUGAAAAGAUGUUGAUUUAUAAUUUCUAUUUGAAGAUGAUCGGAAAUGGUACUCAAGAAUCAGAAAAAUGUUUCAUUGCUGCAUCAGAAAUUUGUUCACAAGAUAAAAAUAAAAUCAUAGAGAAAACAAAUAGUAAAUUAGUAUCUCCAAUAGCAAGAAAGAAAGGAAUGUUAUAUUCAACAACAUAUAGAAUAGGUAUAAAGGACCAAUUCGACCAAUCAACACCUAUAGAAACAAACUUAGUUUUCACACCUUCCAUCAAAUGCCUCUGCGAUGCUUUAUUCAUCGCGGCAAUCCAUAAUCAAGCAAUAGUUAUCCAAGGUCCAAAUGGUACUGGCAAAAGUGAAGUGAUCAAAUAUCUGGCAGAUUUGAAUCAUGCCGAAAUUUUGACAGUUCCUUUAUCUAAGACAACAACUGUUGAAAACUUAUUUGGUCAGAAUGAACUUACAAGAACAGAAACAGGAACAGUUUUCGAUUUCAGACCAACAGCAUUUUUGGAGUUCAUCACACAAAGAGAUAAAGAAGACAAAGAACCACGUCCAAGAUGGGUUGUUUUAGAAGAACUCAACUUAGCUCCAGCACCAUUAUUGGAUGCUUUAGCUCCUAUUUUCGAUUUAGGAAAUACUACAUCGAUUUUGUUGCCAAAUGGUGAAUCAGUUAAGAAGCGCGAGUAUUUCAUCAUCGGUGUUGCAUCUAAACCAUUCUUCAAUGAUGCAAUCAAGAAGAACUCAAUUAUUUACAAUCACCCAGAAUAUUCAGAUAAAGAAUUCCGAACAAUUUGCUCCGAAUUCGCAAACAAAGCCAAAUUCAAUGAAAACGAAGCAAAUUCUGUCAUUGAUACAUUAUUAAAUAUCAGAGAAUUUGUUCAAGAAUACCAAAUCCCUGUUCCAAUAACAGUUAGAUCGUUCCAGUACUUCCUUAAAUUAGUUAAAUUGCUUCCAGAUGAUAUAGAAAGAAUCAAGAAAUUGAUAUAUUUAGGUCCAUUUAUUGAUCCAGAAUACAGAAAGACAAUUAUCGAGAAAUUCGAAAUUGGUGAGAUCACAACAAAUAUAUCAAUCAACCAUUCAAGAUUAUCAAUCAAUGGACAUGAAUUACCAACAUCAAAAAUGUCUCCUGAAUGUCCAAGUUUAGUUAACUCUCUUUCCAUUGAUCAAAAAGAUUUGUUUGUUUUGUUGGAAUCAUGUUUGAGAGAUAAAGAAGGAUUCCCAAUCAUCGUUCAAGGUCCAACAGCAAGUGGAAAGACACACGCAAUUCAGUUAUUCGCUGAUGCAGUUGGAAAUGAUUUGACAGUCAUCCAAAUGAAUGCAGAUUCAAAUCAAUCAAUUGUUACAGGCGGAUAUCGUCCUUUGUCACAAAUUCCAAAUGAAAACAAACAAGAAAUUCUUAGAGCAGUUAGAAACAUCCCAGGAGAAGGCGAACAGAUGUACAAUGAUCUCUUCAAACUCACAAAAUGGACACCAACAGAACUCAAGCCAUUCCACACGAAACUGAAAGAAUUAAGAAGACAAGUUUCACAAGAAGAAGCUUUGGAAUACAUUGAUAGCGCAAUUUCAAUCAUUUUCAGUUCAUGCCAGUUCAUUAAUUUAAUUGAUAGAUACGAAUCUGUUUUAGUUACAGCCAUGAGAGCAGGAAAAUGGGUUCUUUUGGAUGGCAUCGAAGCAGCUCCAAGCGAAAUCUUCGAUAUAAUGAUUUCUCUUUUAUCAGGAAAUCCAACAUUGAACCUCUACGAACACGGUUCAGACAUCAAAGCACAUAAGAACUUCAGAUUAUUCAUGACAUAUAACCCAGUCGAAGCUCGUGCACAAUCAAAGAUUUCACAGACAAUUUUGAGCCGUUGCAUCUUGAUUUCUUUGCCACCAAUUGAUUCCGACAAAUUGAACUCCGCUGUCUGCUUAUACGGAUACAUUUCGAACUCUGUUUUCUCCAACUCAAGACCAUCAGACAUCUCAUUGAAGAUCUCAUCCGUACACGAGAAACAGAAAGAAUCAGAAUUCACAUCCGGCGCAAUUAUUAAUGGAAGAACAUUAGUCAGAAUUUCAAGAGGAAUCAAAGCAUACAGAGGAACAAUUGAUGCCAUCGCAUUACUCCAGAUUUUGAUGGCAAACUACUCACAAGAAUUGAAUGAUCCACAACAACACAUCACAGAAAUCCAGAGUUCAUUCAUUCAACCAGUUCCAGAAACAUUAUUAACUAAAUUCAAUAACAUCAUUGAAAAAGUAACACAAGAUUUAGAGAUCGUCAUCAACAUGCUUGAGCAUUACAAGGAAAAGAACGAGAUUAACAUUGGAGCAUUCAUUGGCUGCUUCACAAAACUCCAGUUCAACCAAUACGACAGAUUAGUUGAUCCAAUUUCUGAAUUCAAUUAUACUGACGAAAAGUCAGUUUUCGACUUAACAGUUUUGAGAUACAUUGCAUCAUAUAUCCAGAAGAAUGAACAGUUUUUCACCAGCCAGACAAAGCAAUUCAGCUUGGAUACAUUCAAUGUCAAUGAAUUCCCACGUUUGCAGGAAUUCAGUCAAAUGAUUGAAGCGAUCAGAACAAUUGUUAAUCUUCCUGAUUUCAUUCCAGCAGCGAAUACAAACUUCCUUAGACCAGAACAGUUCAUUUCAUUGUACAAAUCCAGGACAGUUCCUGAAGCUUUGUUCUUCUUCUUGCAAUUGGAAGUUCUUAGCCCACGUUGUUUCCAAGCAAAUUCAUACAUGUACAACUUGACAUGGUUGAUCAGUGAAUUAUCUAGUUUUGGAUAUAUUGUACAAAUCUCCAAACAAAUAGCUCCAAACACAAUUUCAAUUGACAUGACACAGUACGAAGUUAAAGCAAUUAUAUCACAAGAUUUCGGUACAACAGAUCCUUCCAAGAAUUCACAAACACCCGAAGAUAUUUUCAAUUACUUCAACAACGCAUACAAGAAAUUACACAAUGACGAUCAAGGUAUUCCAUAUGUAGAAUUCAACAGAAUUUCUACAUCAGUGAAAGGCUUAGUUCCAGAUGUUUAUACAGAUAACAAUGAUAAUUACUCGAAUAUCGAUUUGAACACAAUUUUCUCAUCAAUCAUUUUCAUGAAUACAUAUCAAGAUAUGUCACCAUUCUUCACAAAUAUUGAUUUGAUGACAUUCUCUGUUAUCAAUGAAAUUGUUUCAAGAAAGAAUUCAUUUAUGCUCCGAGAAUUCUAUGAUUGGAUUUCUGUUGUUUACAACUACUUAAAUAAAUUGAAUGUAAACAACUUAGAUGAUUUAUGCAACAAAUUCCCAAUCAGCAGUGAAGAAACAGAUUUCAACACAUUAGCUACAUUCAACAUCAAGGCUUUCCAUGUUAAAGAUUUCGUUUCAUUCCAGACAAGUCUUAAUAAGAGGAAGACAAAUACAACAGAAAAUCCAAAGCGCGGAAAGAACUCGAAGAAGGCAAGUUUCAAACAAGAUAAGAACGAUUAUUUCCAAAUCAUUUUAGAUUAUAUUUCCUUGAAGAGCCCAAGAUACCACGUUUUCAAGUGGUACAUUGAUAAUUCGUACAUUAAACCAUUGUUACCAAACGAUGUACUCAAGAAACUCUAUGAAGAUAUCAAGAGCCACGCAGAUGAUUGCAGACCUUGCAUUUUAUCAACAUAUAAUGAAUUGGCAAUCGACCAAGAUUCAACAGAAAAUAUUCAAUGGUUUACAAAUCUUUUACAAUACUCCUAUGUUUGCAAUUUAGUUGAUGAAAUCAAGAAUAACAUCGCUGACGAAGAAGGACAGCCAAAGAACAAGUUUAAGUCAUUCAACGCUUUAUAUGAACUUUGUCAGAUUUAUCCAACAUUUAUGGAACCAGCGAUCAGAGGAUUUAUCGAAAACACAGAUGAUGCCGCUAAUGUUCUCUUCAAAGUAGAAGACGAAGCCAUCAAAGAUUACUACAAAGCAAAUAUCAAGACACCAGAGUAUUUGAUUAAAUCCAAUUUGAUCAAGAAAUUAAACGCAAUGAAGAAUAAUUUGAAUUUAAUUUCUCCACAAUGGGAACAAGUCAUUGAUGAAGUAACAAAGAAGUAUCCACUUGAAACAUCCAUUGAAUUGCCUUCAUCAAGUAUCUUUGCUUUUAUCAAUAUUCUUCCACAUUUGUUCAAGUUCUUGAACGAAAAUGAUAAAUACAAAGAAUACGAAGAAGCAAUUUUGAAUCGCUCCAUUUUGCCACCAAACAACCAAGUCGAAUUAGCCCAGAAGAUCAAAGAUUUCAUCGAAGAAAAGGACGAACAGGAGUUCGCCGAAUUAGAGCAAUUAUGUCAACAGAUGAACCAAACAACAGAUGAAAAGUUGAUUGCAGAUGAUAACGAUGCCUAUGGCGAUAAUUACGCAAAGAAGUAUCCAUUCUCCAAUUUGUUGUUGAGCAAAGACCCAGAAAUCAAGGAGUAUUUGUCACCAACAUUUACUCAUGAUUCAUUAACACUCGGCUUAAUUCUCUUGAGAUUGUAUUCCAACAAGAAUUUGUUACAGAUUUCUUUGUCAACAAACGAAUUUUGCGUUGAAAUCAUCAAAAACGUCAUUUCUCAAUGUUUGUUGAAGGAUACUAACAAAACAGACUUCUUCUUGAAGUUGGUUUCUUCAUCAAGCAAGGAACAAGGUACAACAAUCUUAAUUGAUUGUAUCACACAAGUCGCUGUUUGCAACACAAAUCAAAAUUACAAUGAUUUGUUGAAAGAAUAUUUCAAUUCAUUUUUGACAUUAAUUUUGUCAGAUUUUGACACUGACCAAUACGAACAAAUUCUUAACAACAACGAAGGAUUUGUAAUGCCAAACAUGAAGAAGCCAAUGGUCACGGUUUCAAGAUUCAUUUUCAAUCCGGUUGCCACAUUUCUCGAUAUCGCUGCUUCAUCAAUCAGAGAAGAAAUAAGUAACCUUGAUUCAGAAAAGAAGAAAUUGAACAACGAUCAAAUCGCAUUCAAAGAGCAGAAGAUAAAGAGAUUCAUGAAUGAAUUAAUUGAUGCCUGCACCAAAGAUAAAAUGAUAUUCAAUUCAUUGGCGAACAAAGUCAAAGAUCCAGAACUCGAGAGAAUCAACGAAGAAAGAUACAAAGCAUGGCAAGAUUACUCCGAAUUUGUCAUCGAAUUCAUUGCUCCAAUCCAGAAUAUCAUGACAUUCGAGAAGAAGGAAAGAAUUGGAUACAAUCCAAUCAAGUUCUUCGAAGCGUUCCAGAACGGAAUUCCUUCUUUGUCGACCGAAAGAAAAGUCAACAUCAUCAUGAUCAAACAGGACAGAACAUCAUCAUUCAGAGUCACAAACAAAGCUACUGGAAUGUACAAAGAUAUCGCAAUUACUCCAAAUUCACCAGAAAUAUAUACUUUACCAGAAAACGAUUCACCAGAAGAUUACACUGUCCAAGACAGAGGCUACGAGAUCAAGACAAUUUAUAUCUCCGAAUCAACAAAGAAACAAGAGAAAUUCCAAAGAGCUUCAUAUGGAUUGGACUGCCAGAAAUUAGGAAAUCUCAUAAAGACAUACCAAUGGGCCACAUCUAAACUUGAAAGUUAUAUCAAAUCGAAGAAACCAGAUGAGUUCAUUGAGAAGUUAAUUGUCAAAUUCGGUUUCUUCAGUUUACAAGAUUUCCAAAAAGAAGUCGAAUACUGCCCAACAAAGAUCCAAGAUUACAAGAAAUUGUUAAAACGAUACAACACAACUCCUGUCAUCGAAUACGAUAAGAACUUCGAUAUGACAAAUGCCAAGAAAGUCUGGUUACAAAUUCCACAGCUCCUCCUCGAAUUGGGAGAUUUCGAACAAAGAUACAACAGAAUUGAAGAUAGAUUGGAAUCACUCAAGGCAAAGAAGAGUGAUUGGCCACAUUCACCAACAGUAGAUCUCCCAACAAAGAGUAUUCCAUGCAAAGCUAAUUUGUCUGAAGUCACGAGAUCCCAUGAUUUGUAUUCACCAGCAAUUUAUGAAGAUAAGAACACAAUCGCGGCAAACUUCAAACGAAUUAAUUUGACAAUUCCAAAGAUCACUUCACUUAACCAAAAUCCAUUGAACAUCAUUAUUAAUUCGUUUGGUAACACUGAUAAAUACACAAUCAGUAUCACUGAUUACAACAAAGAAGUAAACUUUGUUCCAACAAUGACACAAACACGUGAAGGAGAUUGGCAACUUUCUAUUCCUGUUGAUAAAUUGUCACAAGUUGUUGAUUUACCACAGAAACUCUCAGGAAACAUCAGACUUGACAAGUUGAUCAUUCCAUUCGAAGCAAUAGUUACUUACAAGCCAACAAAGAUCUUCAUUAUAUCACCAAACAACAGGUUCUUGUGGAAUAAGAAUCGUGAGAAAUUCGAGUUUGAAGAAAAUCCAAUUUUCAACGAUUCUUACACAGAAAUCAAAUGCUUGGAUGAAACAGGAAAAGAUGUUCCUCACACAUUGAUCUUCCUUCCUCUUGCAGAUACUGUUCAAGAGAAGUAUCCAAAGGUCGAAUAUCGCUCCAACACAUCGAAAUUCAAAGUAAAUGAAAAUAUUUCAAUGAUGUUGAAUGUCAAUUUCUGCAACCAAAUGUCAACAGACAUUUAUUUCAACAAGAGAGUUGUUUCAAGAGAUGUCUUGUUCAAAGUUUGCAACCAACAGAAUUCACAAUUAUGGGAUACUCCAGAGAAUUCAUUCUACGCUGUCGGAAACUUACAAAUGAAGUGUUUGUUCGCAAUCAUCACAAUCAAGUCGAACGUAGACCAUCGUAUCUACGUAGAAACAGAAGUUUCUAACAAGAAUAUCUUGGUUUCCGAUCUGCAAUUGAAGGAGAGAACCACAAACGAUCAGAAAUAUGCAUUGUUUGUUGAAGGUAGUUUCAACAUUACAACAACAAAACCAUUCUACAAACCAGAGAAACUCAUCUUCCAUGUCAGAUCAGAAUCAUUUGAACAAGAGAUGAAAUUCUCUGUUAAAUUAGUUUGCACAGUUCCUCAAUUCGAAUCAAGAGAUGGAAACCUUUAUAUCACUUAUCCAAUGAAGACAGAGUGUUACAUUCCAUCACAAGUUUAUGUUUACGAUGCAAACAACUCUCUUCAACAUAAGUAUAUAGUUGAAAAUCCAGAAAGCGGAUUCCAAAAUGUUCCUGAUACAAACUACAUUUUCGUUUCCGCAAACAGCUACACAUGGUAUUCUACUUACGAACCAUUCAUCGAAGCACAGAUUGAUUACGACUCUCCACGAAGAUUACCAGAGAAUGUUCCAUUCACUGUCGUAACAAUUAACAUGUAUGACUUGAAAUAUGAUAUCCAAGAUUACGAUGAAUACUUGAGAGCAAACAACAGUUCUCUCAAGAUCAUUUUCGCUAGAUUAGGUCCUAAACAGUUCGAUGAAACAAAGAAGUCCCAAUGGUCUGAUACAUGGUUCCCAUGGUACGAAUCCGGAGCUGAAAUGAGAAAUCUUUUCAGCGAAAUCAUGGAUGCUUUUGUUAAAAAUGGCAGAAACUUCUUGAAUUUGAUCAAGAAACUGUUGUCAUGCGUCAGAGCGAUAUUAAAAUAUCAAACAGAGUUAAACGCUUUGACAGACAACAAAGUUGACAACAACAUUUUGUUGGAGUUCAUCUUGAGAAUUUCAACAGACAGAAUUGAUACAAUCAAGAGAAACUUCAACUCAAUCAAGACUUUGACACCAUUCACAUGGGUCACAAACAAGAUGAUUGAUAUCAGAAAGAACAAGCUCUUUAACUACAACUUCAACAUCCCCAAUAAAGAUUUCUAUUUAGUUAAAGACAAAGCAAAUGACAUUUUGAAGAAGAUGCUAUUUACUUCAGAAAAUGUUUAUAAUGCAAUUCUUUUGACCGAAGAAGGACCAAGAGGAAUUACAAAAGAAGAGAUGGAUCAAAUAAUCAAUGAAGCCAAGUCAAAGAGUGAACCAAUUGAAACAGAUUUCCUUCCAACAGCAAUCGAUCUCGAUUUCGAAAAUUUCAAGAUGCCAUCAUUCAUUAACAAGAAAUCUCCAAAUGCUGUUAUCCAAACAUUCAAGAAUUCCAUCGAUCUCUGCAAGCAAUUCACAUUAAUGGCUUACAACUGGCUCGUUGUACAAAAGAAGCAAACAUUGCAUCCAAGAGCUCAAGCAUUAUUCGAUCUUUUGUACAACAUUUACGUAUGGUCAACAUCAUCAGAAAAGUUACCAUACACUCCAUACAAAUCCCUUGCAGAGCAGUUUUCUUCAGCAUUCGAAACACUUUGCAAAUCUCUUUCUGGAGGAAACAGACCACAAUUCUUGGAUUUGAUCAGAACAAAUUCAAAGUACAGACAAUAUGUUGUUUUGCCUCAAUACAAGAAACCAAAGGUUAAACAACCAAGUUGGACAAAGAAACAAGUCGAAACAAAGAAGAAAAUUGAUAUCCAGCUCCCUUCAAUCAAGAAGAAGGAUUUGUCAACAGAAGAUGAUAAGAGCAAGAAUAAGCAUAACAUCGAAGCUCCUAAACUUACAAAGGCAAUCUUGACAAAGAAACAAGAUAAAAAUGCAAUUUUGAUCAGCGCAGAUUCAUCAGUUGAUGAAAUCCAGAAAUGGAUUAUCAAACAAAUGGAAACUCCUGAUUACAACGAACACCUCAAAUUGUCUGGAAAGAAGAUUGGCGAGUUCCUCAAGACAAGUGUUAUUAAUUCCACAAAAGGAUGGGAGUCCAAACUCUAUGUCCAGCCAUUGAUGGACUGUGCAAUUCCCUUGGCCAGCAAUUUGGUCAAAUACACAGUUGACAAUCUUGAAGAUCUCGACAACUUCUCACAGACUGAUGCUGUUUUGAUGUUGGAUUCAUCAUCAACAAUCAGACAAGAAAACCAAAGAGCAGCAUUGUUUACAAUGUUCGUUGCUUUUGCAUUGGCUCUUGAUACAUUACAUGUUCCUGUUUCUAUCAUUGUUUUCUGUGAUCACGAAUAUCACUUCGUCAUCAAAGAUUUCAAGGAAACUCUCUCAGCAGCUCACUUCCAACUCGCUUUGGAUUCAUUGUCAGUUUACAGAAAAUUGACAGAUUUGGGCGAUGCAUACAAAUUGGCACAUGAUUUGAAACCAGCCGAUGGAUGCUCCAGGAGAUCAAUUUACGCAUUCUCCGAUGGUUUGUUCACGAAAUUACAUGCAACAGAAGAUUGGGGCAACAUUUUGUUGGACAAGAAAGAAAACGUUUUCUCAAUGAUUUUGCUUUCAAUUCUUCCAGAAGAAGAAAGCAAGAUUGUCAACAACUACAUCAAGUCAUUCAAGGAGAACUUGAGCAAAGCAGAAACAAAGAUAAACACAUUCAUUGGCACUAAUCCAAACAUCGCUUUCAAUCUCGGAAGCCCUGAAUUGUACUCUUCAUUUGUCAAUGGUUUAUCAUUACAACAUGGAUCAAUCCACAAAGAUCACUCCUGCGUAGUUGACAGACGCGAAAUCCUUCCAUCUGUUGCAAUCCCAACAAUGACUGCAGUUUCUUCUUCCAAGGAAUACUUUGCUGGAUACACAGAAGAUUUGCUAUUCAACCAAUACACAACAACAUCAGUCAACAUGACAGAUGAUACCCAGUUCAGUCCUAAAGUCGAAGGAAAGUCUGUUCAUGAAUUCCAGAUCUUCAAAGAUGUUGAUCCAAUUUGCUCAAGCAUGCCAAGCAUUUUCGAACCAAACAAACCUUCUCAAUUCAGUCCAUCCACUAAAGGAUCGAAUAUUUCAUUGAAAGGCUUCAUCCAGUUCUACAUCACACAGGGCCAAGAUCAGAGAAUAUACUUGGAGAAGAACACAGGACAUAUUCCAUCAUAUUCAUUGUUCAUUGUCAUUGAUGGAACAGAAAGUUGCUUCGGAAAAUUGUCUUUCAAUCAUUCAAUGCAGACAAUCAUUUGCAACUUGUAUGCCUUGAAGAACGUUGAUUUCGAAAGCGUCACAAUCUUUGUUACAAACAAGAAAGGCGUUUUAGAAUUAUGCCAUGAAACGUCAAUCUCCGAAACAUUGAAUCCAUCAUCUGAUUUGUAUUCCGCAUUAUAUUCCGCAUGUGCAAAUCCAACCAACAAAUCAGAUCUCGCAGGAGCUUUCGCAUCCGUUUACCAGAUCAGAGCCAAACAAACAACAAAAGCUGCUCUUUGUUUGUGCUUCACAGACGCAAUGGUCGGAAAAACUGAUGCAAGUGAUAUAGGAACAAUGACAAGCUACUUAGAGAACAGAGCAACAAGAAUUGUUGGUAUUGGUAUUGGUUAUUAUCCAAAGCUCAUCAGUCAAGUAUUCAGAUACUCAACAUGGGCACCAAAUCCAAUUGUUUCUCCAAUCGCUUUGGCCAAAGUUUUAAGAGGAAACUUCAUGUCAACAACACAAAUCCAAUCCCAAGAAGUUCCAUCGAAAUCAAUCGACGAAAUCAAGAAUGCCGUUAAAAUAGUUGAUGAUCCACCGAUGCCGCCUGUUUUCACCGAUUUCUGCAAGGAAUUGACAAGAGUUACUCGCCUCAAAGAAACAUACGGUGCUAUCUACAACCCAAUCUCUGCUGCUUCAAGAGAAUUCGAUGGUUACGUCCGCGAUCCAAACGGAACAAUUGUUUCUGCAGAAGGAUUAACAAUUCUUCCAAAUGGAGCAAUUCCAUUUACAUCACAAGAAGACGUCGAAUACAAGAAGACAACACAAUUGACUGUUCCUGGAACUCCACAGAUAAUUAUGUCAACAGAACCACGUGUAUUCAAACCACUCGAGAUCUUAACAGGACAGAAGAGAAACGAAGCUUUAGCUGCAGGAUCAUUCGAUGAUAAUGAUGUUAAUUUGGAUUUAGCUCGCGGACUCAACUGGAAACUUUCAGUUCUUAUCUGCCAGUUCUGGGAUUACAAGAUGCUACCGAAGAAUACAACAGGAGAAAGCAAAGCAAUCACUAAAGAAACAUUAUUAGGAGAAAAAGGACCAAUCAAAGCUCUCGAAAAGAUUGGUGCUCAAUGCACAAUUGUCCAGAACUAUAAGGAUUCAAUCAUGAAAUUGAGAUCAGGAGAAUUCUCACAGGCAUGGAUCAUCUGCGGAAGAGGCGAAGACAAGAAGCCAGAUGAACUCGAAGAAGGCGGAUCAUCAUAUCUCAUUGAUGAAUUCAUUGACUGCUUGAUCCAAUUCAACAAGAACGGCGGUGCUUUGAUGUUCUCAGGAGAUAACAAUCCACUCACAUACGAACUCAACAAAUUCCUCGACAAUGUUGUUUUGGACGGAAUCAAACCAAGAUUCAAAUUCAACAUCGAUGAACCAGGAGGCAACCUGUUGUUGUUCGGAGACAUCGACAGCGGAAACAACUCAAUCUUCGAUCAGAGAGAACACAUCACUGUUGAAGGAGCUCAAAGACCUCUUUACGGCUUCAAUGUCAAAGGUCUUUACGACGGAACAACAAUUUCUUGUGUUCCUAAGUCAGCUGAUAUUGCUCCAUUCAAUCCAUUUAUCAUUUCAAAGAGCGGAAACUAUUCCAACUUGUACUACAUGGCUCCAUCAGAUUCCAUCCAAGGAGAUAUCAUCAUUGAUGGCUCAUUCACCAAGUUCUUCAAUGAAUUACAUACAGCGGGCACAAGAAGACUAGUUAUCAACAUGGCUGUUUGGUUAGUUUCAGCUGAAAAGAGAGAAAUUCUCUUCAAAUCAACACAAAAGGCUAUGGAAUACAGAGCAAGAAAGUUCGAUUUCCCAAUUCCAGAAAGAAGUGCUCAUGAACCAGUCAAUUUCGAACAAUACAUCGAUGGCAAAUACAUCGAUAUCGCAUUGGUCGUCGAUGGAACAGGAUCAAUGAUCAACGAAGCAGGAAGUAAAGAAAACCAAGUCGAAGUCAGCGACAGAUCAAUGAUCUACGGUGCAAAGCAGAUUCUCAAGAAACUCAUGGAAUACACAUCAAGGAAAUACCCAGAUCUCAUUGUUAGAUACGCAAGUGUAUUCUUCAGAGAUAUGGCUAAAGCCGAACAGAAGUUCAAGUACAAAGAUGCUCGCGAAGGAAUCAUCAACGCAAAUAUGCCAACAAUCUACGACUUCAAGAAUCCAAAACCAGGACAACACCAGUCUGGUAUUGAUCCAGUCAAGUUCGAUGAUGUAGAAAGCAAAGGCGGUGCUGGAGAUGGUCCAGAAGAUUGGGUUCAGGCUUUCGAUUCAAUGCUCAAUUUGGAGUGGAAGGCGAACUCGAAGAAGAUCAUGAUCAUGAUCACAGAUAACGGUGGCCAUGGCAGUGAAUUCAAUGGAAGACCAAAUCCAGAUUCAAAUGAUAUCCUUUUGAAUGAGAAAGAAGGACCAAAGACAAGGAAAUUGAUCGAACAAAUUGCUCAGAGACACAUCGAUGUUUGCUUCAUUUCCACAGACUACAAAGCUAAGAAAGGCAUGGAAGCAUUUAAGAAGUACUACGUAGAAGCAGGUGGAUCUCCAGACUCAUUCAAGAGCGAGGAACAGAAGUUUGGUGAAGAAACAACACAUAUCAAGAAGGCUUUGUCUGAUAUGAUUGAACAAGUUGUUGAUACAGCUGUUGCUUCAUUUGGUGUUGGACAAAUUGUAGAAAGUAUUGAACCAAUUCAACCAAUUGUCAGUUCUAAAUCUGCUCCAGUCAAACCUCCUCCUGUUAAACAAACACAGCCAACAAAGUACAUUCCAAAGCGUCUUCCACCUACAACAGCUUCAGCUACUCCUCAACAACAAACUAAACAGGAACCAGAACCACAACAACACAAGAUACAAACAAAGAAGUCUCCUCUUGAUAACAAUUUCCCAUCUCUUACUCCUUCUCAAACACGUUCUACUCCAAUUCAGCCAUGGUUGAAACAGCCAAUCAACCAAGUUCCACAACCUCCUGUUUCCCAGCAAAAGUUUGUUGAACCUCAGCCAGCAUUCAAGGCAUCUCCACCACCACAAACACAGUCAUUUGCUGCUCCAUCUCUUCCUCCACAGAAGCAACCAUCUCCUCCACCGGAACCACAGCCAUCCUUCCAGCAAACUCCACCUCCUCAACCACCGAAAUUGGAUGCUCCAUCAACUCCUCCACCUCAGACACAAACAUUCAGUGCACCACCACAAACUCAAGCAUUCAAUGCUCCUCCUCCACAGACACAGACAUUCAAUGCUCCUCCACCACAGAAGCAAACAUUUGAUUCUCCGCCACAAGCACAGCAAAAGUUUGUUGAACCUGCACCGAAGAAGCAGCAGAUCAACACACCAUCACAGCCACCAAUGCAGAAGCAGGCGUUUAUCGAUUCUCCACCAGGAUUCGAAGGCCCAUUGGAAGAACCGAAAUUCUCCAAGACAUCACCAACAUCAUCAGUCCAACCAUUCCCAUCUCCACUCCAGGAACAACAACCAGUACAGUUAUUCCAGUCUCCACUUCAAGAGAAUACUCCACAACAACAACAGCAGCAACAGAAUCAGCCACCUCAACAGAUGCAGUCAUUCCAAGGAUUUGGAAAUCCACAAUUCAUGCAGAAUCCAUAUGGACAACCAAUGUUUGGAAUGCAGCCGAACCAGAACCCGAUGAUGAUGCAACAAAUGAUGAUGCAGCAGAUGAAUCCAUACGGAAUGCCACAAGAAUUUGGAAUGGGAUUCGGAAUGCCACAACAAGGAUUCGGAUUUGGAAUGCAGCCUGGAUUCGGAAUGUAUUCUCAGGGAUACGGAAUGAACCAAGGCUUCGGAAUGAAUCCACAAGGAUUUGGAAUGAACCAACAACAGAACCAGAAUCAAAACCAGCAGGAGCAACAGAAUCAACAACAAGACCAGCAACAACAAAAUGGCUUCGGAAUGAACCCACAACAGAACCAAACACAAGGAUUUGGAAUGCAACAACCAAAUGCCUUCGGAAUGAAUCAGCAGCAAAAUGCCUUUGGUAUGAACCCACAACAGAACCAAACACAGGGAUUUGGAAUGCAACAACAAAAUGCCUUUGGUAUGAAUCAACAACAGAACCAAACACAGGGAUUUGGAAUGCAACAACAAAAUGCCUUUGGUAUGAAUCAACAACAGAACCAAGGAUUUGGAAUGCAACAACAAAAUGCCUUUGGUAUGAAUCAACAACAGAACCAAGGAUUUGGAAUGCAGCAACAACAGAAUGGCUUCGGAAUGAAUCAACCAGAUCAGAACCAAGGAUUUGGAAUGAACCAACAGCAGCAAAAUGGUUUUGGAAUGAACCAAAGUUUCAACCAACAGAUGGGAUUUGGAAUGCAACAAGGAUUUAACCAACAGCCAAAUCUCGGUUUCGGAAUGAACCAACAAAACCAAGGAUUUAAUCAGCAGAUGGGAUUUGGAAUGCAACAGCCACCACAAAACCCACAGCAACAAACUUUCGAUAACUUCGUCAAUGAAACCAUGUCUCGCCAUUCAAGAGGCAGAAAAUAA